AUGGCCUUCAUGACAUUGCAGGCCCCUCCCAUAAGUCUAGAAGGAGGGUCCAUGAACCAGGAAGAUGGUUCCUUACAGCCAGCCAGGGUAUUAAGGAGGAGUUCGUUCAAGAGACUCAGCCUGAGAAAUGACGGCUAUACCACCAUCCUGGAAGUGAAGGGCCUAGGUUCUAAGCAGCUCCUGCCAUCACUGUAUGACCAAAACCUUGAGUUGUGGUGGACUUUGCCGAUUUCAACAAUUCCACAUGCAGAUGGCGAUGAUGCAAGGUUCCCAGCAGAUCCCAGUGGAGCCCCUGGAUGUCUGAACACCUUCCCUCAUCCCCAGUCCCUAAGAACAGGGUCUGCUCAUGCUGCUGGGUUUCCUCUUUUUGUACAGCCAAGGCUAAGUGCUUCCAGUUUCAGGGGCCAGUUGCUAGUGGUGAAGAGCCCAGUGCCGAAUCCCCGCCCCGUGGAUGAGGGGGUGAUGAGGGCAUCCCAGGGUGCUGCCCACUUAGAUGUCUCCGCAGCAUCAGGAAUGACUAAGGUGCUGAUGCAAUCACAGAUUGCCAGCCUGGUGCUCCUGGUACCACAGAACAUCAGCUCUGUGACCGAGUUCAUCCUACUUGGCUUCUCCGGUGAGACACAGGUCAGAAUGACCCUGUUCACCUUCUUCUUCCUCCUCUACCUCAUCACCCUUCUGGGCAACGGACUCAUUGUCACCUUAAUCUAUCUGGACUCAUGCCUCCACACACCCAUGUACUUCUUUCUCAGUAUCCUCUCCUUGGUGGACAUGAGCUAUGUCACCACCACCAUGCCUCAGAUGUUGGUUAACAUGGUAAGUCCAAGGAGGACCAUCUCCUGGGGAGCUUGUACUGCCCAGAUGUUCAUCUUUUUGGUACUGGGCAUUGCUGAGUGUGUCCUCUAUGCCAUUAUGGCCUAUGACAGGUAUGUUGCCAUCUGCUUUCCCCUUCACUAUACCCUAUUCAUGAGCAGUCCCAUUUGCAUCAAGAUGGUCACAAUGUGUUUGUCCAUUAGCAUGGCUGGGGCCCUGGUCUACACUGUCUUCACCAUGCAUCUGCCUUAUUGUGGCCCCUACAAGAUAAACCACUUCUUCUGUGAGGUCCCUGCUGUCCUAAAGUUGGCCUGUGCAGACACAUCCUUCAAUGACCACUUAGACUUCAUAUUGGGUUUCAUCCUGCUCUUGGUCCCACUCUCCCUCAUUCUGGCCUCUUAUGUGUGUAUUUUUGCCGCCAUCUUCAGAAUCCACUCAUCCCAGGGGAGACUCAAGUCCUUUUCCACAUGUGCUUCCCAUAUCACCGUGGUCACCAUGUUCUAUGGGCCAGCCAUGAUCAUGUACAUGAGGCCCAGCUCCUGGUAUGACCCAGAGAGGGACAAGAAGCUGGCACUGUUCUACAAUGUUGUCUCUGCCUUCCUCAAUCCCAUCAUCUACAGCCUCAGGAACAAAGAUGUAAAGGUGGCCUUUCUGAAAGUACUUAGACACAGAGAGACAUGCUAA